AGAGUUUGCAGGAAUUAGAAUCUUGGAAGUAACUCAAGAAUAGACUGUAUGACAGAAAAAAACCCAUUGACUGAUAUUUCCUGUCAAUUUGGGUGCCCUGUGGCAGAAACUUAUGAGGAACAUGGCGUCUGUUGAACUCUCACAGUUGUACGUUCCCGCGGCGAAUUAUUGCCUGCAGAUGAUGAACUCACUUAACGAGUUCCGGAAACACAACAUACUAUGUGAAGUGGUAAUUGUCGUGAAUGGAAAACAGUUUUAUGCUCACCGGAACGUUCUAGCAGCGAGUAGUCCUUAUUUCCGUGCGAUGUUUUCGAGUAACAUGAAGGAACACUUGGAGAAUAAACCUGUAAUCUUGGAGAACAUAACAGCGGAAAUUAUGGAAGAAUUGUUAAACUUUAUUUAUACAGGAAACAUCAAGAUUACUCCUUUCAACGUGAAGGACUUUGUUUCCGCUUCGAAUUACCUCCUAAUGACCAGUUUGAAAGAAACCUGUGUUUCAUUUAUGAAAUCUAUGCUAAACCCCUCUAAUUGUCUUGGAAUAGAAGCUGCUGCUUUUAAAUUUGAUUGUUCGGCUCUUAAAAACACGGCCAAUCGAUAUGUCUACGACAAUUUUGUCGCUGUGUCGCAAACAGAUGAGUUUAAAUUGUUGUCUGCCGAACGUUUGAUGGAGUGCUUGGCUAGUGAUGACAUAAGGGUUGAACGAGAAGAGCAGGUAUUUGAGGCGCUUAUGGAGUGGAUGAAUUAUGACGUGGAAGCACGGCGUGGCUAUCUCAAACAACUUGCACAACACAUCCGCUUCCCUCUUAUGUCGCCUUAUUAUCUUGCAGACCAUGUUGAAACUGAAGACAUUGUUCUUUCAUCUCCAGAAUGUACAUCACUUUUACUCGAAGCAAAGAAUUACCACAUGUUGCCCGAUCGAAGGCACUUGAUCAAAGGUUCUAGAACGAAGCCUAGGCGAUCAAUGGGUGUGAUCUCAGUUAUAUUUGCUGCUGGAGGUAUUCAGGGGUCCUCGGUCACCAGAGAUGCUUAUGGAUUCUUUCCCACUGUAAACAGGUGGAGCCCAUUAGCAAGCAUGUUGAUAGCAAGGUGUCGUCAUGGGUUAGCAGUCACUGGUGACAUGGUGUAUGCAGUUGGUGGGCAGUCAAGAGAGGGUAGGCAUUAAAACCUUUUCCUGAAGUAGUCCAGGGGUUGGGAAAAAACUUGAAUUCCAGCUUAUGCUUGAGGCAAGCAACUCUCACAUUUUGCUGCCCUGGGGCAUUGCCUAUUGGUCUUUUGUUUGAGUGUCAAUGUGGCAUGCAAGUACUACAUUGACACUCAAACAAAAGACCAAUGUCUCAUGUCUUAUGUCUCACACUUGGAGACAGAACCACCAUUUCUAUGUGGUCAUUUGAUCCAUCCCAAGGUCUAGCGUUUUGUAGGGCAAAGGCAGUACUUCUUCCUCUGUUAUUGUUAGAGCCUCAGUAUCACUCUGGUGCCAGGAGUCAAACCUGUGACCUCCUGGUCCACAGGCCAGUGCUCUAACAUCUGAGAUAGCCUUGCUCUUGAGUUGAUGAUUUACCUGCAUGACUUGGCUGAACACCUUGCAAGUCAGCUUUAAAAGUUACUUGCCCGGCAAGAAAAUCUACCAGUCACUUAAAAGUGGUGCCUCAGAACCCAUAUUCAUAGAUUAGGUUAGGUACAUACUCUUUGAUAAAUGACCCAAGUUUAUCUUCUUCCAGGAGCAGCCCAGAGUUCAUUGGUUUCGGUGGAGAGGUAUGACCCCAGAACUAACACAUGGACAAUGGUCGCACCAAUGAAUGUUAGACGCAGCUUGCUUAAUGUUGCAGUUCUUGAUGGUGAGAAAAUUUUCAUAUGGACAUUUACACUUUCUGAGUAGAGUAUAUUGAUUUUAAAUUAACAUUAAGUUCCUUUUCAUGCUGCUUUGCGGAAGUUCCUGCUUUAGCUUUUUUCAUGUUACAUUUGAAUCCUAUUUUCUUGUGAUGUUAAAAAAAAAUGUGAAAACUGGAUCAAGUGCUUGGUCCCCACCUGCUUUUUUUUAAGAGCCAAAAUGAAUUAACUGAUAUAGUUGUAUGCUCUAAAACCCUUUGAGUCCCAAUAUCCACAAACAAAUUCUCUAUACUGAUCUCUAUACAUUUCUUUGAAAACUAGUUGAGAGAAUUUCUUUAAAGAUCAACAUUAAAGUUGUUAGGAGAAAAUUGAUAUUGGCCUCGUGUGGGACUUAAAGGGGUUAAAAGGAUCCUCCCAGUUUACAGAGAUGUUAAGACGUUUGUCACAGAGAAAUGUCUUUCCAGCUGUGAGAGGUGUCUGCCUUUGGGUUCCAAUUUACAGACAUUUUAACAAGGUCAUCAUAGAAAGAGGUGUCUCAAACUGUGGAGAUGUCUGCCUUUAGGAGAUAACUGUCUGUCAAGAAAGAACUGGCUUAAUCUAUCUUUAUUAUUUCUACAGGAAAUAUGUAUGCAGUGGGAGGAUGCGAUGAAAAUAACUUCCGUUUAAACAGUGUUGAACGUUACAAUCCUGCUACAAACACAUGGACAUUUACAGCACCCAUGACCACUUGCCGCAGCAGCCCAUGCGUGCUGACCUGUCGUGCACUGUAUGUUAUUGGUGGAGUUAGUUAUGUUGGCAUGUCACUCAAUACUGGGGAAUACCUUGACCUUGUGACAGGCACUUGGGUAUCUAUUGCACCAAUGCGUGACAAGCGAGCUAGUGCUUCAGGAGCAGCUACAAAUGGAAAAAUUUAUGUAAUUGGUAGGCUACCAAUCCAAGUUAACCCUUUAAGCCCCAGUAUCCACAUACAAAUUCUCCAAACUGAUCCCCAUGGAUUUUCUUAAGAAUUACUUGAGAGAAUUUGAUGAAAGAUCACGGCAUUUCCCCAUUGGUGAUCAUUUUAUUAAUUCUCAUAACUUUAUCUCUUGACAAUGUAUGGAUAUUAUUAGGAGAAAAUUGUUUUUGGUCACUAUUGGCACUUAAAGGGUUAAAUGCCUCUCCGUUAAUUGUUUCUAAAAAUGGUACUGUUGCCUCAGAUAAUCAAAGAACUAUUAAAAAUGGACCCCUUGUGGUGAUGCCUGCUAUGAAUGGCUUAAAUUAAUGAUUUGCCUGAAAGGAACAGCUUCCUCUCCCCCCACCCUCCCCUUCCCCCCAUUUAAAAAGAUCUGCAUUCACAAUUAAAUGCAGUCAUCCCAUUAUUUAGAUCCCUUAGAGAAACUGGCAGAGAUCGUGAUUUCUAAUACUGAGUGAGAGGUGGCAAUAAAUUGUGCUUGGUUAAUUUAUUAUUAUUUACAUUAAUCUGUCUUAGACAGGCAAGUGGGAACACAAACAUGUUAUGAUACCUUUGAACCAACAUCUCUUUGUGAACAGAAUGUAGAUUGAAUGGUGGAGUCAAAAUUGGAGGAACUUAACCAAAAUAUUUAUUCAUAACUGAAGUUCACGUAAUUUUGCAAAGGUCAUCACGUGUUUGUCUUCACUACAAUAGAAAGGAGAAGUGUGAUGUGAUGUUUCCAUGGUAGCAAAAUUUUUGGAUCACAACAAUAGGGAGCUAAGACAACGACAUCGACUAUGACAAGACUGGUAAAAAGCAAUAGGUAUAUUUUAACAAAACAACAACUUCACAUGUGCAUCAUGCCUUUUUGUAUAUUUCUUAGCCAUGGUUGCAUGACUCCAACAUGAAACUUCUUAAUUUCAUGCUUCCUCUUCAUGAAGUAUGUGAACACAAAAAUGUUCUUUUCUUUUCUAAACUUAGAUAUGGUUCUUCUGGAUUCAACCCCAGAAGAGUCUGCCAACAUAUGACAAAUUAAAUGAAAUUAACUAAGAUAGAUGAAGUUUGAAACAGUGCAAAUUCACUAUUUAAGUAACGUUUUCGGUUUGUUGUCAUCCAGAAAUUUUGCUACCAUGGCAACAUGACGUAAUGGCUCCUCUUCUCUAUUACUAUUAGAAACAAUUCUUUCAUGAGUUCUUUUUUCAUAUAUUUGCUUCUAAGGGGGCUGGGAUGGCUCAGUUCAUCUGAACAGCGGUGAAGUGUAUGAACCAGAGAUUGAUCAGUGGUCCUUUAUUGCACCUGCAAGUACAGCAAGAUGGGAUGCUGGGAUAUCUGUAGAGAGUGACAAAAUCUACAUCGUCGGGGGAUGUGACAGGAAUGCACUUUGCACCUUGGAAACGGAGUGCUAUGACCCUGAGAAAAACAAGUGGAGCAAGGUUGCUUCAUUGCCAGUAGCAACACAUGGCCUCAAGUGUUGUACCAUUCAGCUGCCGCAUAAGUUUUCUAAGUAGUCUUUAAUGAGGCUCCCCAAUCAGGGGUUUCAGUCCUGUCAUCCUGCUGAAAUUUCCCCUCAUUCUCAUAAUCUUGACGGGAGUAACUGGAUAAUCCCAAUCAUGAACGUGUGAUCUAAAAAGUGCCUCAAAGCGGUUCAACAUUUCCUUACUUUAUAGGAGUACCGUUGGCAGAUGGUGGGGUAAAACACAAUGGUACAGACAAAUAGGCAUGUGACAACUUUGGAAAAAAUGUGGGCAUUAAGUCAGAAUAUAUCCAGUUUAUAGAUACAAACUGAACUCUCAUUGGUCCUUUCCUUUAAAAUCUUGAGUCCUAUCCUGUGAAAAAGCCAAAUCCUGGCUCCUGAAAAACUUAUUGGAGGUCCUCUUUAUUGGCCUCUACCUUCUGUCCUUACUCUUACAUGUUAGGUUAACUUAAGUCUUCUAGUGCUUAUACCGGUAAUAUUAGGAGCGUAAUCAGCAGAAAAUUCUUACCGAGACAAUAUCACAAAAAAAAUAUUAUUUUUGUAGUGUUCCCCCUCCUAUGGAUAAAUUUUCAACAAGACACACAAAGGAAACUUUAAAUCUUUAUUGAGACAGCUUUUCGUACUGGUUAUGAGCCAGAACAUUCACCUCUGAAGGCACAAGAUGUUUUUGGAAAUAAUUGCAUGACAAUGAACAGCAAAUUGACUGUCCUCAGCUCAAACUAGACUACCAGGGAGCUACGAGAAAAAGAACAAUAUCUGCAUUUCUGGCAACAAAUAAAUUGUGAAAAGUCUUUUAUUUUCUUUGCGUCAGCCAACGCUUAGCUGUUUUAAUGCUUAUUUUUACUUUGUUAGGGAGUAGUGUCUUAUGUUAAGCUAACGUUGCUAAGUUUAACAUGAUUUUAGAAUUAGAGGAACAAGUAAGAAUUGUGCCAAAGUGAUUUGGCAGCACAUACCACUACUCACGUCAACAGUGCCGGAACAUGUAAUUUAAGUCUGGCCGUUUUUUGUUGCUGUUGUCGCUUGUCGAAUUUUAUCUUCUAACACAAGAUUGAUAGUUAUUGGUAAUUGGGCUUUGUGCUUUUUAACACUUUCUUCAUUCAGAGGGGACA